GAGAGAGAGAGAGAGAGAGAGAGAGAGAACAAAACUCCUGAAGUAAGUCUAUGAAGAUAAAAACGGCUGCAUACUGGGAAGGAGACUAGCUAGACAGCACACAGUUGUGCACUCAGCCAAUACAGCAAGUAGCCGGUAGGAUAGGGAGUAAUAGCAUUACAGCAUUACAAAGUGUCACAGAGCGUACGUACGUGCAUCGCUCCUAACCACUGCUGGUAACUAGGAGUGCGUUGCAGGAGUGAACGGAUGAGGGGGUCGUGAGCAGGAGAUUGGAGAGAGCUGUGGUUGCUACUCGCUGGGUUAGGUUAUCUGAGAGGCGGAGAGGAGGAGACCUGUAGAUGUUCCUCAAGAGGAGGUAUUUGAUUUGAUGCUGGAGUGGUGUCAUCUGUGAGUUUGCAGAGGAAUACAAGGAUUAUUUUUAAGACACAGUUUGACAUCAUAUUAUGGGUUCUUCUAAGCGAAAAAUGGGCUCAAACACAGAACUGGCCAACGGCAUCCUCAACAAACUAAAAGAAAGCAAUGGAUCCAUGGAAACUCUUGAAUUGGCGCGAUCUCUGGGACGACGCUCCCGCAAGGACGUCAACCCGACCUUAUAUCGGAUGCAGAAGAACGGCCUUAUCUUGAAGGUGUCUGCUUCACCUCCAAAAUGGGGCUUGAAGAACGAGGUGACUGUUGGCCCUCUGCAUGGCGCGACUGCAGAGGAUGGGGACAACCUGCAGGAAGCGGAAGAGACGGCUGAAGAAGCGCUUUCUGGUGGCAGUGGUGGGAUGGAGCGAGAUGACUUCAUGGAUGAAGGCAGUGGUGGCGAUGUUCCUGUUGCUGAGCCCUUUGGUCAUCCUGUCAACCAUUCCGCAUCCAUAGACGCAGGGCAGCUGUACCCACCCCCUCUCUCCAGCUACAACGGCACUCAUUCCGUGCCAGGCGUUGACCCCAUGCCUUCGCCGACCAACAUUUCCAGCUCGAGCGACGACUCAGAGACUUCCGAACAACCUGUCAUUUUCGCAAAGCCGCCACCUCCACCACAUGAACUUCAACAAAGUUUCGCAAAGCCAUACACACCAAACGGCAUGGACCAUAGGUUACUGAUGGCAUUAAGUGAAAAGGUAGAGUCAAUCCAUUCCAACGAUCUUGCCAAGCAACUUGGUUACCGUACCAAGAAGGAGAUCAACCCAACUUUGUUUAGUAUGCAAAAGAAAGGACUUGUAAGAAAAGUGUGUGAGUCUCCCCCUAUGUGGGUCAUCACCCCGUAUGGGAGACAAAUUCUAGAGACUGAUCAGCAGCAGCAAUCGCCAGAGCAGUCGCAGCAGAAACCUGGACAGUUUCCUGUAAUGAUGAGUUCUCCUAUGCCAGGUACUGCUCCUCACAUAGUGAACUUUGGACCACACAUAGAGCAGCUCCAGGGGGUUCCUGGACAGAUGUUCCACCAUGUCCCACAGAGUCCUCAACCCCUCCUAGGCUCCAACGACGACAGGCAGUCCAUCUACAAUGAAAGGCUCAAUUUACAAGCAGCCAUUAAAGCCGGGAUACCCAUGGAGUUCGCCACAUUGAUGUUCGCCUCGCCCGACAUGGAGAUCAAGGUCUUGUGUGCUUUGAGCAAUCAACAAACCCAAGGAACUGUGGAGAUCGUCCACAAUGUAGGUCUGAACAGAGGCAAGGCUAAAGAUGUUAACCCCUCGCUCUAUGGCCUUGCAAAACGAGGAAACAUCACUAAGGUCACGGACAGCCCUCCAACAUGGCACAUCAACGAGAAAGGGGUCGAGCUGAUCAACAAGGAGAAGAAACCGAUCGAGAUGAACGGUGCGACCAAACCGAUGGAGAUUCCUAACCAUGUCAACAUGGUGACGGGGGCACCUGGAGUGCUCAUGCCACAGCCAAUGAGUUCCCCUAACCACCAGGGUGGCAUUCUUCCUCCAGAUCCUAGGACAGUUCUGCAGAAUUGGGAUCAAGGAAGACCCGGCCCUGGUUUCAUCCCUGUCUCAUCAUUCACACCAACCAUUCCAACUCAGGUUGCCCCUAUCCGUGCUACCACCAUGCCUUACAUGCCCCCGAACUCCUUCGCCAACCCUGCCUCCGUUAACAGCGCCCCUAUCCCAGCAUCACCAGCUCCCCAGCCACAGUCUUCCCACAAUGCACCGGUCAUCGGGUCGUCGACGGGUCAGACAAUCAGUAACGAGAUGUUUGCUGCUAUCAAUAAGAACCCCGUGAGUGCAUUGACCGAGUAUGCCCAAGCCAGGCAUCUACCUGUUUCCAUUGAUCUACUGCAGCAGUCUGGUCCUCCACAUAACCCAAGGUUUGUGUUUGCGGCCUGCGUUGGAGGCAGGAGGUUCCAACACGUCACCAGUCGCAGCAAGAAGGACGGAAGGAGGGAAGCGGCUGAUAUGGCUCUCCGUACUCUGGUGGCUGAGGGCUCCCUUCAACCGAAGCUAACACCCAUGCCCAUUGUCCAUACUUCAUCCAACGGUGAAACAACGUUCUAUGACCGCAUCGCUGCCUUAAGUCACCAGACGUUUAACUCUCUGGCUGCCAGCAUUCCGGACUCCAUCAGCGGUAGGAAGGUUCUUGCAGCACUGAUCAUGAAGCAGGGAGAGGACGAUGAGGGAAUGGUCAUCAGUUUAGGAACAGGGAAUCGGUGUGUGACAGGCGACAAACUGAGCAUGGAAGGACGAACAGUGAACGACUCUCAUGCUGAGAUUAUCACCAGAAGGGCUUUCUUGAGGUAUCUGUACAAUCAACUCCAGGCUUACGCUAAGACCCCCAACGAAACCAUCCUCACUCAGGGAACCAACGGGAAGCUCCGCCUCCUACCGGACGUGAGCCUUCAUCUCUACAUCAGCACCGCCCCCUGCGGAGACGGGGCGCAGUUCUCGCGGACGGACGCGGGCGAGAACGAGGAGGGGCCAAACGGGAUUGAUUUCUGCGGCUUUGCCAAACAUCUACCAACGUUUGGCAAAACCAGCCAGGGAUUACUCAGGACCAAAAUGGAACAAGGGGAAGGCACUAUUCCAGUGACCACCCGAGAGUCAGUUCAGACUUGGGACGGCAUCAUGAGAGGAGAGAGGCUUCGGACCAUGUCAUGCAGUGAUAAAGUAGCCAGCUGGAACCUGCUUGGCCUCCAGGGGGCGCUGUUGUCUCAUUUCAUCGAGCCCAUGUACUUGAGCUCAAUAUCACUAGGUUCAUUAUACCACCACGGCCACCUCGCAAGGGCAGUCUGCUGCCGCGUAUCGUCUGCCCACGACAACUUCACCCCGACCGAGCUGGACAACCUGUCCCUUCCUGCAGAGUACCACGUCAACCAUCCGCAGCUUGGGUGUGUCCGGGCCAUCGAUCCCCCAAGGGGUACGGAGAAGACCAAGUCACUCAGUAUCAACUGGUACCGGGGGUGCGAGAAACCAGAGGUCACCGACGGCACCAAAGGAAGAAUUCAGGGUGUGCUUCACUCCCAGCUGUGCAAGGCGGAGAUGUUCAGCGAGUACCAGCAGACAUGCCGCCUCUUUGACCGGACCGACCUUCUGGAGUCGCGCACCUACCAUGACGCCAAGCUCAGCGCGGAGAGCUACUACACGGCAAAGCAAUAUCUCAAGUGUAUCCUCCACCAAGCAAACUAUGGGUCGUGGAUGGAGAAGCCAAUAGAAGAAGAGCUCUUUGCCAACUGAACUUUCAACUUUGACCUACAACUCAUCCAUUUAUGGAGAAGCCGAUAGAAAAAGAGCUAUUUGCCAACUGAACUUUCAACUUGGACCUACAACUCAUCCAUUUUAAUGGAGAGGCCGAUAGAAGGAGAGCUAUUUGCCAACUGAACUUUCAACUUUGACCUACAACUCAUCCAUUUUAAUGGAGAGGCCGAUAGAAGGAGAGCUAUUUGCCAAUUAAACUUUCAACUUUGACCUACAAAUCAUCCUUUCGAUUUAGGAGAACUUUGUUACCAAUUGAACCUCAAGUUUGACCGACAUUCAUUCAGUCGAUUAAGGAAUAGCUCUUUUUGCCAAACGACCUCUGACCUCUGACCCACGUCCGUCUGAUGGAGGAAAAGCUUUCAUUUUAAUGAGGAGGAGCUGUUUGCCAACUGAAAUUUUUUCUUCUCCUCCUCCUUCUGCUGCUUCUUCUACUUCUCCUUCUUCUUCUUCUACCUCUUCCGCAAACUGUCCAGAAAUAGUUACAAAUCUUCUUUAAAAUACGUAAACAACUCACCUGAUUUUUAUUUUAUCUUGUCCCUAUACAACAGCUCCGACAAACAUCAAUAAGAGUGCAAUUUUGAUUGAAGAAGUUUAUUUUUACAACCUUUAAGUUGGUAUGUGCCAUGUACAUUAAAUUGCCAGGCAGUAUAUUGAGUUCUUAUUUUACAUGAACAUGUUUGAUUCAUAUAUAAUAACACAAAGGGAUAGAUUUGAUCUCUGUUUUGCGAUCGAAGUAAGCUACGGAGAGCCAGAUCAUACUUAUUUGAUGUCUUGUGUUUCCUUUGACAUAAUCUACUUUAAUGAUUCUUCUUUCUUUCAUAUUAAGGAAGAAAUGGAGAUGCAAUAAUGAUAAUAUCAAUAAAAAUAAGGUAGGUUCCUGUAUAGCGCGCUUGUCACUCUUUGACACCCACUGUUACUCCCUGAGGCUUUAGUAUAUACCCAGACGAUUUGUGUCUGGGCAGUUGAUAUAAAACAGCAAUUUGAAGAAGUUUACAAGCAAUAUUUCAUAAAUUUUCUAAGACCUAUGUGGGACAAUAUUAUAAAGAACAACAACUGCUUGUAAGUGUCGGCUUGCAUGGUGAUGUAGAUAUACAGUAGGCU